UUCUUCACAGAGUCUUUGUAACAAACAGGGAAGAGUUAAAAGAAGAGGAGCAACAAGUGGAAAAGUGCCUCACAUGCUGAGGCUUCAGACUUGGAUCAUCAUCAUCAGCAGCAGCAGCAGCAGCAGCAGCAGUAGUAGUUUGAUGUUUUCCAUGCGAAGAUGUCCACAUUCAUCAUCUUCUGUCACGUUUGUUUCCUGCACUCCGCUGUGAUCUGCUGCAGUGGAUCCUCCACAGCUACAGCAGUGAUCCGGAUUUCAGUGCCGGAGGAUCACCAAGUCUGUCUGCAGUGUGGCGGGUCCGACAGCUCUGACGUGGUCUGGACUCAUCGGGACAGGGCGGUGGUGACUCGACACGGCAGUUACGACAACCGCCAACGCUACAUCCUGUACCCCGGCGGCAGCCUCUGCCUCCCGCGGCUCGACGAAUCUGACGGCGGGAAGUUCCGCUGUAACCAGCGGCUGGUGGCCGAGCUGCAGGUGCUAACAGGCCUUGACUUCGCUGUGUCUGCAGGCCGGACGCUGCUGCUUCCCUGCAGCGGCUCCUCCAGAACUCAGAAGAAGUGGUCCCACCGGAGGGAAGGAGCGCGGUGGGUGACCGUCCUCACCCAGUUCAAAAAUGGCACGGUGAGAGCAGAGAGGUCGCGGCUCAGCCUCGGGAACAAUGCCCUGCAGAUCGAGGACCUGCAGCCGGAGGACGCCGGAGUGUAUAAGUGCAACGGAGAGCUGCUGGCCAGACUCACCGUCCUGACAGUGCAGCCGGAGUCGACCAGCAUCGAGCAAACCACCGGUACGAUCGCAACAGCUGCUGUCACAGAUGUGGUUGAAACAAAGACGGAGGAGGAGAAGAAGAGAACUGAGAAUGCGCUGCUGAUGGUUGCGGUCGUGGGGUUGGCGGUAAUGAUUCUCCUCAUGGUCGGCGUCUGUGUUUUACUGACCGGCAUGAAUUGCAGGAGGAAGAAGAAACGCAGAUGUGCAGCCCAGAAGCUUGAUGACACGGAGCUGCAGCCGUGGAAUACGUCCAACACGCAAACCGAGCGGGAGGUUCCAGAGAGUCCAUCCCUGCCGGAGGAGACGAUCCAUUACGCUUCUCUGGGCCGACAGAACUGGAGGGAGAGACCCAGCAGGCCUCCACCGGACCAGAACCACCACGACGUCAUCUAUUCUUCGGUCAUCACCAGACCGGCUGCCCAACAGAAACGCUUUCUGCUGCAUCCCGUCGCAGCCAUCUGACAGUCAGGAGAGCAACAAAAUGUUAAAUAUGAAACAAUGAGAGGCUGUUUUUCAUCUUAACCUACAUGUUAAUGCACUUUCCUACAGUACUGUAUGUAUCCCAAUGUGAUUAAAACAUUUAUGUACCGUGUA